CAAAUGGAAAGAAACCAAAUGCGCAGGCAGGUUGGUCUGAUGAGGCAGUCCCUCUUUACUCAGGGAUAUCUGGAUGAACAGUUUAUUCAGUUGGAGGAGCUGCAAGAUGAUGCUAAUCCCAAUUUUGUAGAGGAAAUUGCUACAUUGUACUACCGUGAUUCAUCUAGAUCACUCCAAACCAUAGAGCAGGCAUUAGAGAAAACCCCUCAUGAUUUCAGUAAGUUGGACAAUCAUAUGCAUCAGUUCAAGGGAAGUAGCUCAAGCAUCGGAGCCAAAAAGGUGAAAGCUGAAUGCCAACAGUUCAGGGAAUUCUGUAAGACAGGAAAUGGAGAAGGAUGCAUGAGAACUUUCCAACUAUUGAAGAAAGAACAUGCAACUCUGAAAAAGAAGCUCGAGGCUUAUUUUCAGAUGGCAAGGCAAGCAGGGCCAAUUGCGAGUGCAAGUCGUCCCAAGUAAGAAGAAACUAAUUAGCAUGCAAAAGGUUGCGAUAUA